UAUUACACUACUACGUCCUGACUUACCAGGGAUUUGUUCACAAGAAUUAUUGUACUUCUAGGAUCUGAGAAGUCACCAUGCUGUUUUGGCACAGCCAACCUGACCAUUACUGGCCUACACCAGCUGAACAUUACCAGAGCCCAACCAGCUCUGUCUACAGGGAUUCACUGCAGCUCCCAUUUCUGAAGCAGGAAGAGCAAGCACAAAGUACUCCAGUGUUCCCAGCAUUUCAAUGUGUCCUCUGUGCACCCAGCUCUCCUGCUGUCAAAAUACAUGAGGAGACACUCACCUACCUCAACCAGGGUCAGUCGUAUGAGAUCCGCAUGUUAAGUAACUGGAAAGGAGUUGGAGAUAUGCCAGAGAGCCGUAGGUUUCUCAAGACUGUGGCUCGAGUGAUUUUUCAUGACAGACGCCUACAAUAUAGUGAGAAACAGCAGCUGGAGAGAUGGCAGUGGAGUCAUCCAGGGGAUCGAAUCUUGGACAUAGAUGUCCCGCUGUCGGUAGGUGUGAUAGAUCCACUGGUAAAUCCAAGUACCCUGAACACCAUUGAGUUCCUGUGGGACCCAAGCAAAAGAACAUCUGUAUUUAUCCAGGUUAACUGCAUCAGCACAGAGUUUACACAGAAAAAGAAUGGAGGUGAAAAAGGGGCCCCUUUCCGGAUCCAGUUGGACACCUUCAGGGGAGAGUCCGAGGGUAGCUUUACAGAACAUCUCUAUUCAGCAAGCUGCCAAGUCAAAGUGUUUACGCCAAAGGGUGCAGAUCGCAAGCUGAAGACAGACCGUGAGAAGGUGGAGAAGCGCUCUGCUCUAGAUCGCGAGAAGUACCAAACACCUUGUGAAACUACCAUUAUGACUGAGUGUACUCCUUGGCCAGAAAUUGAUACAUCUAGGAGUCCCUGCAGUACCCCUGGACUGAACUCCCCAAAUAACUUCAAAAUUACCCCAGAGAGGAUCUGUGCUUCUCCUGUUUGUGCCUCAGAUAGCUCUACAGAAUGUGCUGGGGAGGGUCUAAGUCCUUCUGCCUCCAUCUUGGAUACCCGGCAGUGGCUGUCGAGAAACCGCUUCUCCAAUUACUGCCGAAUGUUCUCUAAUUUUACAGGAGCAGACCUUCUUAAGAUGACAAGGAAGGACCUCACUCAGAUCUGUGGAGUGGCCGAUGGCAUCCGUCUGACUCAUGCACUGAAAGCAAGGUCUGUACGUCCACGUCUCACGCUGUACAUCACCACGGAAUCUCCAGUGAAAAAGGCUACUGCUGACUCUGAUCAAACAGGUCUUUAUCAAGAGGUUUAUCUAGAGGAGGUGUCUGCAGCUGAGCUGACAAACAAACUGGCGGAUUUGCUCAGUGUCCCAGCUAACCACAUACAGCAGAUCUCCAGAAGCGGCCCACAUGGGAUCCACGUUGUACUCAGUGACACGAUGGUCAGAAAUAUGGAAGAUGAAUCCUGCUUCACAGCAACGUUACAGAAAUUGCAAAAUCAAGAUGGCUAUCACUGCAUCCUGCGGUAACCUGCAUAUUCUACACUACUGUGCUUUUCUAGAUCCUCCUUAGAGGGUCACUGCGAACCCAAAGAGGGGGAAACCUGCAAAAUCGCACUGAUACGGAUACCUAUUGUACGAAACAGGCAUUUCAACAUCCUUAGAAAAACUAUCGGCCUGCAACAUAUUCUGAUAUUGUAUUUCUGGGGUACCCCAGCCUACUUGUACAAAACGUGCGCACACUACAAAUAAUCUUUUUUUUGUAAACAAGGAAAGUGAAAUGUAGGCGACUAAUCUGGCCCUGUGCAAAGUCCAUAUUCUUUAUAAUAUUUUGCUAUAAAGGAGCGUUUACAUUUCCUAGUAUUAAUAUUUCUCUGACCGAUUUCCAAUUCUAGAUUGUAAGCUCAUUGGAACAGGGGCUUCACGUUUUUCUACUCACCUUAUUUUUUUGUUGUUGCUUGGAUAGCUCCAUUGCAAUGCAUGAGAUCUAAAAUUAUUUCAAAACAAUGUAGCAGCCUAUCUAGUACAGUAGUAAAGCCUUA